UCUUUUUAAUAAAAACAAAAAUAACUUAUAUAAAAACGACAUCUGGCAGCUCUGGCGCCAUUGAAAUGGAAAGCUAUAACAUGAUGAUAUCGAUAACUUGGUCUAUCGUUUGUUUUGUUGUCGCAUCGUUGUUGUUGCUGCUGCUGUUGUUGCUCCCACUUGCGCUUGUUGUUAUUGUUAUUGCCACUUGCGAUUUUGUUUUUAUUGCGCACUCGAAAUUGUUUUGUUAUUUAGUAGCGAUACAAAAAACGCUUGAGAUGGUGGAAAAUUCGGCGCAUUUAAGUUUAGUUUAAGUUAGCCGCCCGUCGUGUGCAUUUGUGUCUGUGUGUAGUUGUAAUUGUUGAAUGCAAUUUGGCAAUUGCAAUUGCAGUUUGCAAAUGUGAAUAAAAGACAGAAAAACUGCAUUACUCAAGGAAAAGGAUUGAAAAAUGUCACUUUUUGUGGAAUAUACGGAGCCGAAAUGGCGGGAUUUGGAUAUGCGCGCCUUGUCCGUCGAUCAGUUUUACCUCUACCUGCGAUCGCAGUACCCCACAGAGAGUUACCUGUACUCGCUGUCCGACGAAUGUUACACGUGCCCGUAUACCAAAGUGAAAGCUCUGCCCGCCGUUGACUUCGCUGCCGGCGCCAUUGAACCGUUACGUUUGAGUUCGGCAUUUGGGCUGAAUUUCAAAAUAUACGAACACGAUCAGGGUCACUAUGCCUACGACAAUGUCUCGUCGCUCUGUUGGCUCCGUAGGACCAAUCUGCAGGAAUUUGGCGUCUAUAACCUGACCCUCGAAGCGAAUGGAACCUGUGCUUUCGAGGUGGACAAGCCGGGCGUACCGAUUAAUUACGCUUUCCUCGCAGUUUUCGUGCUGGUUGCCGCCCUGCUAAUCACUUUGAAACUUGUGAGCUGUGCCUGGCGGUGUUAUCGCUAUGACGAAGCUACCGCUGCCGCCGACAGCAUCGGAGAAGCCGCCACCAAAGCCACACAGAGAAAGCGCCUUCGAAGCCUGGACACCUUUCGCGGCCUUUCCAUUGUUCUGAUGAUCUUUGUGAACAGUGGCGGCGGCGGUUACACCUGGAUCGAGCAUGCAGCCUGGAAUGGCUUGCAUCUGGCUGAUGUUGUCUUUCCUUCGUUCCUCUGGAUUAUGGGCGUGUGCAUUCCACUCUCCGUCAAAUCGCAACUCUCGCGAGGGAAUAGCAAGGCCAGGAUAUGUCUACGCAUCUUGUGGCGUUCAAUUAAACUUUUUGCCAUUGGUCUGUGUCUCAAUUCGAUGAGCGGAACAAAUCUGGAGCAACUGCGUCUCAUGGGUGUUCUGCAACGAUUUGGAGUGGCUUUUCUGGUUGUCGGUGUACUGCAUACAGUAUGCAGUCGCAGGGAUCCCAUAAGUCCGCAAAGAUCCUGGCAGCGGGCCGUACAUGAUGUGUGUCUAUUUAGCGGAGAACUGGCAGUGCUCUUGGCCUUGGUAGCGACCUAUUUGGGUCUAACAUUUGGCCUUCGAGUGCCCGGAUGUCCGCGAGGUUAUCUGGGACCUGGUGGCAAACACAAUUAUAAUGCCAAUCCGAAUUGUAUUGGUGGCGCUGCGGGCUAUGCGGAUCUUCAAGUUCUGGGCAAUGCUCAUAUCUACCAACAUCCUACGGCCAAGUAUGUUUAUGACUCCACUGCCUUCGAUCCGGAGGGUCUAUUUGGCUGCAUCCUAAGCGUGGUACAGGUACUCCUUGGCGCCUUUGCGGGCGUAACUCUGCUGGUACAUCCUACCUGGCAGUCGAGGAUCCGUCGCUGGAUGAUCCUUGCCAUCUUCCUGGGUCUUAUUGGCGGUGCUCUGUGUGGAUUUUCCCGUGAAGGUGGUGCUAUUCCCGUGAACAAAAACCUGUGGUCGCUAUCCUUCGUCUGCGUCACUGUAAGUUUGGCCCUGGUGAUCCUGUCGUUGCUGUACUACUUUAUCGAUGUGCGGGAGACAUGGAGCUGGUCAGGUUAUCCCUUCACCGAAUGCGGCAUGAACGCCAUUGUGAUGUAUGUGGGACAUUCCGUGCUGCACAAAAUGCUACCCUGGCAUUGGCGGAUCGGAGAAAUGAACACACAUUUCAUGCUUCUGCUGGAGGCUACGUGGAAUACCCUUGUCUGGGUGGGUAUUGCCCUAUAUCUGGACGCUCAGGAGUUCUACUAUAGCCUGUAGGAAGGACAGCAAUAUGCACAAUAUCCAUAUGCACAAUUCAUUUGCCAAAUAUAUUAACGCUUUGUACAUAUAGUGAUUUUUACGGAUAUAUUGCUAUCAAAGCACAAAGACCAUGUUUAGUAUUUGUAACACAAUUCCGAAUUUUGUUCGUUGUGGUAACGCAAAUUAAUAUCAAUACACAAUAAAUUAUAAAUUAUAAAAAUAAUAAGAUUCUGUAUUGUGUCCAAAACAAUAACAGAACAGCAUAUUUAAGUAGUGCA